CAUUUUGAAUGAUUUUAUCUCUACUUACUACAGCAGUGCUACGCUCUAAAGAGUUUAAGCUCUAAAGAAAAUAUCAGUUAUAAAACUCAGUAUUCAACACGCUUCGGGUCAUUAGCUUCAAACCACCUAAAGAAAAAGGCUUGAGAUAUUUGGUUGUAGGUCUAGUCUGACACAUUGAGUGAAAUGGAACCGUCUGGCGAUCAGCCCAAUUCUUCACAAACCCAACCAAACCAGGUUCGAAUAAUCCAGUGGGGUUCAUGGCGCACUCUCAGCUCCCUCUUCAUGCGUUGUCUCAUGAACGCCCCUAACUCAGUCACCUUCUGCGAACUAUUCGGACUCCCCUGGUACUACGGAGUAGAAGCCAAAACAUCCAGAACUCUCAUCCCCAUAGACCUCCCGCAUGACAGCACUACUUUUGCACGGGUGAAGGAGAAGUAUGAGAAUGCUUAUGAUGAUAAGAAACUGGUGUUUGGAAAGGAGUUCGCAUUUUAUGUUUCGCCGCAGCAAAACUAUAAAUAUAUACCACGUGGCUAUAGGCAGUCAUUUCUUAUCAGACAUCCAUACAAAACAGUAACAUCUCUUAAUAAAGUCAUGAUGAAACAAAAAGAUCCAGGCUUUAACUGCUUCCUGGACGAAGACGUCAGAUUUGAAGAUAUCUGGAACCUCUACCUUUACACCCUCGAGUAUCUGGAUGCAGACGCAAUCAUAAUCGAUGCUGACGAUUUAGUCAGGGAUCCUGAAACUGUACUCCGCGGUUAUUGCCAGCAUUACGGAAUAGAAUACAAAGAUACAUUUAUAAAUUGGGAUAGUAGCACUUUGAACGAAGACAUGUUAGUAUACGGGGAGUCCUGGUUUGAGGAAUUGCUCAGUUCGUCCACCGUCAGGACGGAUCCAUACGUCAAGAAUCUUCUAGAAGAUCCACCAGAUAUUUCUGAAUUGUCACAAGAAAUGCAGAAGUCAAUCGAAUCAAACUUAGUGUUUUAUCGAAAACUUUUUGACAAACGAUCAAAGGUUAAAAUACUGCAGUGGGGGACAUGGCGAACGAUGAGCACGACAUUCAUGCGAUGCAUGAUGGGGGCUGAGGACUCGAUCACGUUCUGCGAGCCAAUGCGAUUUCCAUGGUACUAUGGAACAGAAGCGAGAACCAGAAGAAAGCUGGAGAUACCAGCUGAUCUUCCAGAAGAUGGAAGCACUUUUGAGUUGGUGAAGAAGAAAUAUGAAGCACCGUAUGAAGGAAAAAGACUUGUAUUUGGGAAAGAAAUGGCAUAUUAUGUAUAUCCGGAGGAACACUUGAAACAGAUACCAGAUGGGUAUCGACAUUCGUUCCUUAUCAGACAUCCCUUCAAGACUAUGACAUCAAUGCUUAAGGUCAUGAGCAACCAAGAGGACCCAGGUUUCAAAACAAUUCAGCCAGAAGAAGGAAGGUUCGAACACAUCUGGAAGCUAUACCAGCAUGUCAUUGAGCAAAUCGAUCCACAAGCUAUCAUAAUAGACGCUGAUGAUUUCAUCCGAGAUCCAGAAGCAAUAUUGAAAAAAUAUUGCAGUCAUUAUGGACUAGAAUUCUGCGAUAGUAUGCUAAACUGGGAAGGCGAUAACUUCAACGAGGAAAUAGAAUGUUGGGGAACUGUAUGGUUUGGAGACUUAAUGUCAACCAAGACUAUUAGAAAAGAUCCAGAUGUUGCGGAUAUGUUGUCAGAACAACCUGAUAUGUCACACUUUUCAGAAGAUAUUCGAAAGAUUGUGGAAGAAGACUUGAUUUACUACAAAAAGUUACACGAACUAAGGCUUCAACUGAAGCUUUAA